AUGAAGAGAAGCACCUUCCUCAUCCUCUCCAUCGCCGGGGUCUAUGGCGCCGUUCUCCGCACAGCAGCAUGGUCUGUGAAUAACUUUCUGAUGACAGGACCUAAGGCUUACCUGACGUACUCCAGCAGCGUGGCGGCCGGGGCGCACAGCGGGAUGGAGGAGUGCAAGUUCCAGUUCGGGUGGGAGCGCUGGAACUGCCCCGAGAGCGCCCUGCAGCUCUCCACCCACAACCGGCUCCGCAGCGCUACCCGGGAAACGUCCUUUGUACACGCCAUCAGCUCGGCCGGCGUCAUGUACACCCUCACCAGGAACUGCAGCAUGGGAGACUUCGAGAGCUGCGGCUGCGACGACUCCAGGAACGGCCGCGUCGGUGGCCGAGGCUGGGUCUGGGGAGGAUGCAGCGACAACGUGGAGUUCGGGGAGAGGAUUUCCAAGCUCUUUGUGGAUGCUUUGGAAACAGGACACGAUACCCGCGCGCUGAUUAACCUGCACAACAAUGAAGUCGGGAGACUUGCUGUGAAAGCCACGAUGAAGCGAGCCUGCAAGUGCCACGGGGUGUCCGGCAGCUGCAGCAUCCAGACCUGCUGGCUCCAGCUCGCCGAAUUUCGCGAGAUCGGGAACUACCUGAAGAUAAAAUACGACCAAGCCCAUAAGCUGGAGAUGGACAAGAGGCGGAUGAGAGCCGGCAACAGCGCCGACAGCCGCGGGGCCACGGCGGAGACCUUCCACCACGUCCACGCCACGGAGCUCGUCUUCCUGGAGGACUCUCCCGACUACUGCACGAGGAACGCCAGCCUGGGCCACCACGGCACCGAGGGCCGCGAGUGCCUGCAGACCGGCAAGAACCUCUCACAGUGGGAGAAGAGGAGCUGCCGGCGGCUCUGCACCGAGUGCGGGCUCCGCGUGGAGGAG